AUGUUGUCCUUAACAAGGCUUCUGGUCUUACACCAAAAGGAAAAAAGUACAAAUCAACAAUAUUCAGCACUCAGUGUUAGAAGUGAAACGACUGGUAAAGUGAAGAAGCUUCCGUCAAAGGUUAGUGAAAGACAGAAGCAAGAAAAGAAAGAAGUCCCGAAAGAAGUUCCGAAAGAAGUUCCGAAAGAAAUGAGACAAUCAAUGAUGGGAAGUGUAUUCGAAGAAAUUGAAGGUCCCGUAUCUCCGGCGCCACUUGAGAAGGAUGAAAAUAAGAUGAUAUGGAAAAUUGACGUGGAUCCUGUUGGUAAUGCUUACCGGAGAUCAACGGAUGUUGGAUGUUCUACAGGGUGGCCCAUAAUUAUGGGCCACACUGUAGAAAAGAUAAAAGAUUUGAAAAAGAACUCUGGAUGGAAGAAAUGCAAGGUUCUGAAAGCAAACGAGAAAACUCUAGACAACGAUGGUGAACCAAUUGGAGAAUCGAUUUAUUUUAGUGCAAGAGUCCUCCAGCUUGUCAAAAUGGAACCAUUGAUCUCGAAAGAAGUAUCAAAAGAAGAUCAAGAGAUUCUUCGAGGUUACUGUAGAUCCAACGAUCAUAAGGACAAAGUGGAACCAAUUUUCGAGGCUAUUGCUGUGUCAAUUCUUGAGAAGGUUACAUCGAAAAAUGAGUUUAUUCGGAACGUUUCAAUUCCUGGACAGUUGAGAAUGUUUGCAGUUGACGAGAAAAAGUCGAAGUUUUCGACAAUGGCUCUUCUCAUUGUUCGAAGCGACCUAUUCUACUACGCUUGGAAUAAACCUUCACUGGAUGAUGAAGAUCAAUUGGAUCCGACUUGGGCAAAUAUGACAUGUCGUGUACCUCCUCCAGAUUCACAAUGA